AUGAAAUCAUUAUCUGCUUCCAAAUACAAUCAUAACAAUACUAGCUUUACUACGCCUGACAAAAAACCAAAUAAGAGUAGAUAAAACACACAGUCCACUAUGAAGUUAAGUGGUGAAAUGAUGUCCGUUUAAAGUUAUUUAUAUGAAUAAGCUCAUCUCAAAGAAGAAGCCUCUAAAAAAGAAAUCAUUAGACUCAUUAGAUUAGUCACCGAUAGUCUAGAAAAGAAUAGAAACAUUAAAGAAUUAAAUGAAUAACUCUCCAAAUUAAUAAUUGGAUUGAGAACAUGUAUUAAUCAAUAGGAAGUAUCAAGUUACAUCAUUUAAUUAAUUUAAACAAUACGAGAAAUUACCAAUAAUCAUUAAUUCUAAAAAGAAAUCAAAACUGAAAAUGACAAAGCACUUCUAAUUAAACGAAUACAUGAAUUAGAAUUAUAAGCCAAAGAAACUUAAUGGCAAUUCGAAAUGAAAAUCAGAGAUCAUAAAUCUACUUAGAAGAUCAAGUAAUACUAAGAGGAAUUAGAACAAAUCAAAAAGUAUAAAUAAUAAAAUCAAGUACCCAAACCUUAAUAAAAUUCUCCUCAAAAGAUAGAACUGAAGAAUCAGAUCAAACUUAUGCAAUAAAAAAUACAAACCUUAUCUGAAAAGGAAAAGAAAUUGAUUCUAUUAGUCAAAGCUGUCAAAUCCAGAGGAAUCGAUGUUGAACAUAUUUAUAAGAACAUCAACCAAAUAUCAAGUCGAAAUAGUAGAAUCACUAAAGAUGAAACAAUAAAUGAUUAUGUUGAUAGUUCGCAUUCUGAUUUUGCUGAUAUCUCAUAAUUUGAUCUUGGUCAAACUUUCAUCAAAAGAAACCCUAAAUUUUUACUUGAUUGAUUAUUUUUAUUUCAUUACAUUUAUUUAGUUUUAUCAUAAAAUAAA